AAACAAACAACAACGCUUGCUACAGCUCCGUACGGUUUUUUUCCGAACCAUUACGGCUGUUAGAAAUUAGAAAACAUCUGAACGAUAGCAUCCUCCCAUUCUUCAAUACCAUCAACACCACGUGCGUACCACCGCCAUGAACGUAUCUAUCGAACGGAAGCGGACUGAUUGUGCAGCUCUGCCGAAGGGCUGGCAGCGCGAAGAGGUGCUCCGAAAGACGGGCCUGUCUGCGGGGAAAGUGGAUGUGUACUACUACAGUCCAACGGGGAAGAAAAUUGAAAGUAAACCACAGCUCGCCCGCGCCCUCGGCGACACGAUCGAUCUGUCGACGUUCGACUAUCAGGCGGGUCGUAUUAUUGCACCGCCCUCGGUGGCUGCCGCCCAGCUGCUGCACUCCCACCACGGGCCGAGCUACCAACUGCUGCAGCAGCAGGCAAACAGUAGUAGUGCACUGCGCCGGAAGUUUCCACCGUCAGUACCGCUCGGCGGAAGCAACUCCCUCACCGCUACACCAAUAAGCGCUGGGUGUGGUGUGAAGCCUUCAUCUCAGUUCGAUUACAGCCGUGCAAUGCGAUCGGACACCUCACUGAUCCCACCAAUCAGACAAACUGCAUCGAUCUUCAAACAGCCGGUUACGGUGGUAAGAUCGCAGGAACCGGAUAAUGCCAAAGCAAAGCGUGAACUGCAGCACGGCAGCCAGGUGAAACCGAAGCAGUUGUUUUGGGAGAAACGUUUAGAGAAUCUCGGAGCCAGUAACACCCACAACGAAGAGAUCGGAUCGAUCGAACUACCGAAGCGACUGCGACCGAUAGGGCCGGGUAUACGUGAAACGACGGUGCUGCAGUCGCUAGCCACUGCCCUACACCACAACACACUUCCCGUGACUGGACAGACGGCCUCGAAAACGUCGCUCAACACUAACGCCGGCGUGUUCACCAAUCCACACCAGCCGCUAAUGACGAACGUGACCAUCACGGAGGAGGACGUUAAGCGGCAGGAGGAGCGCGUGCAGUAUGCCCGGUUACGGCUACAGGAGGCGUUGCGUGCCUAAGAUCCUGUAGCCGUUCGUAGCCGAUGGAGAAGUGAGACAGUACUGAUCUUUGGCGUUUCAUCUGCAUCGGAGCGGCAAACCAUCCGACAUGCUCGGUGCUUUGUCCACCUUAACCCUCACACACCUACACUUUUACAUUGCUAGACGUGAUUCUUAUCUUUUUACCUAUGCGUAUAAGUAUGCAAGCUGAAAAUAAAUACAAAUAUUGUACGACAUUCUUUAAAA